UUUCUUUUUUCUCGCCGACAAAUCUUUUUUUUUUUCUGCUUCUCCCUUCUCUCUCCUCUCAGCUACUGAAACCCAUUUCUUUUGGGUUAGCCAACCCCCAAUUUCUAUUUUUUGCAUGAUCCACAUCAGUUUCUACCGCUCCCUCUCACUGGAUCUCUACAACCGAUCUUGUUCCCAAUUGUGGGAAUCUAUCUGUUUCUCGAAAGCCCAAAAUUUUCUUUCAUUGGUUCUCUUCUUGCUCAUAUCGGAUCUCAAUUUCUACCACAGAAUAUCCAGUUUCUGUUUAAAGUAAUUUGUGGAUCUCUACAUCAAGUUUAAGGAAACAAAAUGAGUUUUUGGUAUAUCAUUAUUGCAAUCGUAUUCUUUGCAUCACUCAUUGCGAAGAGCACGAAAAAGACAAAGAACAAUCUGCCACCCGGACCACCUAGACUUCCUAUAAUUGGUAACUUGUACCAGUUGGGAACGAAACCUCAACGUUCGAUGUUCAAAUUAUCUGAAAAAUAUGGGUCUCUAAUGUCCCUAAAGUUUGGAUAUGUCUCUGCUGUUGUGGCGUCAACUCCCGACACAGUGAAAGAUGUCUUAAAAACGUUUGAUGCCGAGUGUUGUUCGAGACCUUACAUGACCUAUCCUGCAAGAAUUACAUACAAUUUAAAAGAUCUUGCAUUUUCUUUCUAUAGCAAAUAUUGGAGAGAAGUACGAAAGAUGACGGUUGUUGAACUCUACACAGCAAAAAGGGUAAAAUCAUUUCAACAUAUAAGACAAGAAGAAGUUGCCUCUUUUGUCCAAUUCAUGAUACAAUCUGCUUCAUUGGAGAGACCGGUCAACUUGAAUCGCAAGUUAGUGAAACUCUCUGGGAGUGUGAUUUGUAAAGUUGGAUUUGGGAUAUGUCUAGAAGGAAGCAAACUUGAGAAUGCUUAUGAGGAAGUCAUUCAAGGAGCCAUGGAGGUGCUAGGGAGCUUCGCAGCAGCGGAUUACUUCCCAGUUGUUGGUAAAAUCAUUGAUAGGAUCACAGGGUUACACAGCAAAUGUGAGAAGGUUUUUAAGGCAUUGGAUUCAUUUUUUGAUCAAUCUAUACAACAACUAGAGGAUCCUAGUAAUAAAGAUGAUAUCAUUGACUUGCUCCUUAAGAUGGAACGGGGAGAGACUGGACUUGGAGAAUUUCAACUUACCCGAGACAACACCAAAGGGAUUUUGUUGAAUGUUCUUAUUGCUGGAGCAGACACUUCUGGCCACACUUUGACAUGGGCGAUGACACAUUUAAUUACAAACCCAAGAGUUCUAAAGAAAGCGCAAGCUGAGGUCAGAGAAGUGAUCAAAAACAAAGACACUAUCACAGAAGAAGAUAUAGAACGACUCGAGUAUUUGAAAAUGGUUAUCAAAGAAACACUAAGGAUAAACCCACUUGUGCCACUUCUAAUACCAAGAGAGGCUUCAAAAGAUAUAAAAAUCGGAGGUUAUGACAUUCCAAAGAAAACGUGGAUCUAUGUCAACAUAUGGGCUGUUCAUAGGAAUCCAAACGUUUGGAAAGAUCCAGAAGCUUUCAUCCCGGAGAGGUUUAUGGAUAGCGAGAUUGACUAUAGAGGUCUAAACUUUGAGCUCUUGCCAUUUGCUAGCGGAAGGAGAAUGUGCCCAGGUUUAGGAAUGGGUAUGGCUUUGGUACAUGUGACUCUCAUCAAUCUUCUCUACCGUUUCGAUUGGAAGCUUCCACAAGGAAUGAAGGUAAAAGAUGUUGAUCUUGAAGAAUCAUAUGGACUUGUUAGUCCUAAGAAAACUCCGCUUCAGCUUAUCCCUGUCCUUACCCAAUGGUCUUGACUUUAGUUUUUUAUUUCAUAGUACAAAAUAAAUAAUGUGAAAAUCUUAUAUAAUUACCAUAUUAAGGAAAUGUUUGUUCAAUCCAAUAAUGUUUGUUCAAUCCGA